AUCGAGCUCAGUCUCGCACUUCUGGACCUUUGCCCAGGCCCCGUGGUCGUGUUUGUAGAUCCUCGAUUGCACGAUAAUGCAGCGGCGAUGGUCGACAGGGCGCAACAUCUGGUCGCUUUGUUCGACAAAGCGAAUGUAAGGCGGUGGAGAGUCAUCGUGACUUUACCUGCGACGGAAGACGGACUCCGUGCUGCGACUGUCCUCACGGAACUCUCGAUUCAAACCAACCUCUCGCUCGUAUCUUGCCUCCCACAUGCUGCUGCAUGCAUCGAAACCGGUGCGAAGAUGCUGACGAUGAGCGUCGGAGGCAUCUUGGAGUGGUACGAGCAACAAGAAAAGUUGAUACCAAAAAUUACGGCGGACCACCCUGGGAUUGAGACAAUCCAGACAUGCACAUCAUAUAUACUUCACAACAAAGUGAAUAGCACACUCACGACCGCUGAUGUACGCAGUUGGGCAGAAUUAAAACAACUGAGCGGUAUCGGUGGCGCAGCACUCACUGAAAAACAACUCGAUCAGAUCCCUAUGCGCACCCUCACGACGUGGUUUCCCCGUUCCAACGAUACUUCCCGUAGCACGAUAAACGCGCGCGCAGCACCGUAUCCUACGCGCUACCUCGAGUCACAGUGGGGAUUCUUAAUGUCGCACUUUCCCGCGGAGUGUCGAAGCCUCGUCUCUGCGGUUCUUUAUGUCCGUCUGGGACAGAUGAAGGUGCUGAUGGAAGAAAUAGAGGGUGUUGUGAAAGACGAAUUGAGGCAUCGGGUAAAGCUCGUGAAGUUGGACCUGAAGGCGAUGUAUGCAUUGAAACCUUGGGUGCCAGAACCGGCCUCGGAAGGCGCAGACAAAAAGAAGUCUAUGAGGAAACUGUCAAGGUCACCUUCGUCCUUAUCGGCGCUCAGCUCUUGCGCAUCAUCUGUAACGCAUUCUGGUAGUCGCGAGAAACCCCGGUCCUCGUCGGUAUGCAAGGAGAAUACGACACCUUUGGUCGAGGGUGUAGACUAUUUCUAA